CGAGAUGACGACGCACGUGAGUGCAUACGCACUCGGUACGCCGCAAAGGCCUGCAUGUGCGCGGACGUGGGCGGGGGGAUGGUCGUCCUGGCUCAUGCACAUUGCCUGUGAUGUUUCGUAGCGUACAUCGCCGACAUUGGGACGGAUUUGAGGGCGGCGCACCGGCUGCCAUUCGACGACGUGGCGCCCUCGCGAUGUAACCGACGUCCACGAUAGCGAGUGCGUACUCUCGGCGGCCAGAUCGCGUCCGUGGAGUGCUCCGGAGCAUCUGCGGCGCGUGCACGAGACGACGACGUGCGCGACCGCAUCCGCACUCGGUACCCUACGGACGCCUGUAUGUGCGCGAACUCGGGCGGGACCUUCGUCGACCUGGCUCGUACACCCUGCCUGCACUGUCUCGCAGCGUCCAUCGUCGAUGUCGAGGAGAUCGGGGGCCGGGGGGCGGGCUGCGCGCGCAGAGAUCCGUCGGUGUGCCGCCGCGAACGUCCCGUGCGCCCUCCGAAAUGGGCCACCGGACGUCCGCGAGCACGGACGCCGAAUCGUGCGUACCUCCCGCAUUCCGCCUCCGCAGGACGCGUCCUCCGAACGGCGUGCUCCCCAGAGCAUUGCGCACCAGCCCCUGCGUUCGCGGGCGCAUUCGACGACUUUGGCAUUUCGCCAUCUCGCAGCGGGCCGGCCUCGAGCCCAAGACGAGCCCCUCGUCCGUCCGCGGCAUUCGGACGGCGGGUGCUCCUGCACGGUUCGCACAUGCCCCUGCGUUUGCACGUGAUUUGGACGAGUUUGAGUUUUCGUUGAAUGGUGCCCGCCGCCGGUGUUCUUCACUCUCAGGGAUCGCGCGGCGCGCUCGAACCGCUGCGUGGGUGUAUGCAUGAGGAUGCAGCGCGAGCUCUGCGCACACAGCGCCGCCUCGAUUGGCUCGCCUCCGCAGGACGCGUCCUUCCGACGGCGAGUGCCCACAGACGUUUCCCACCAGCCCUGUCAUUUGCGGGCCAAUUCGACAACUUUCCAUUUUCGUCCUUCGGCACCGUGUCGACCUCGACCGUCUCUGGCACCCAAAAACGA